UUGAAUUAUAUCUUAAGAAAAUAAUAUUCACAUAUUUUCGCAUACCGUUGACAAGAAAAUAUAAAAAUGAGUAUUUAUCAUUGGACACUUGGUGAGAAAGCACUCGCUAAAGUAUGUAAAAAAGUUUAUGCUAAAAUCCAAGUGGUGAAGGAUGAAAAGGGUCUGUUUCACGACGAUAAAGUUCUAGGAAUAUCAGUAAAUGAAAAUGGAACACUUAAAAUUACAAAGGAACUUUGUUAUUACGUCGAGAUCAGUAGAACAAAACAGAGACUUUGGCUCCCAUACACCAGUCUACAUCUCGCUGCACGUUCUAGACCUUUCUAUGGGGCUGCUGACAAGGUAUCUUCACCAGCAAAACAACAACCAACUAUACCCAGAAAGAGAAAAAUAAAAGAGGAUCACAUAGUACCUUUUAAUGUAAAAUUAAGUAAAUUAAAAGAACCAGAUCUCAAUACCACAUAUGACAUAAGACACACUCCUCUAAAGCAGGGUAAAUAUGAAAAUGCUUUCAAAGAAUUUGUAAGACAAGGUACAGAGAUGAUAUUUGAUCAAUUUUAUGUAAAUUUAAAAGAUAAUUGCAAAUCAAAUGAAGACUGCCUGGAUUAUUUGUUAAAUGUGGAUGCAAGCACCGAAGACAAAUAUGAAUUAGUCAUUAAGAAUAUUGUAACAUUCAAGGAGAUUGAAAAUUAUUUGCAUCAAUGCUGGAAAUAUAAUUUUGUCCACAAACAGAUGGAGAAUAAAGAUGGAUCUGAGUGUUCUAAUUCAACAUCACCGGUGAAGACACCUAUAACAUUACACGCGCCCUGGUGCCUUGUUUGUGGAAAAAAAGAAAAAUUGCGAGAAUGCCCCAACUGUCCAGCCUCCUUCCAUCCUGUUUGUAGACGUGAAUGGCUAGUUAAUUUGAUGCACCGCAAGAAUCCUCCAAAGAAGACUCAAACAAAAGUGACUUUUGUAGAUAAGAUCCUGUCUAGUACCAGAACAAUAUGUUCUGUUCAAAAGGAUAAAGAGAAUUUAGCUCUGUGUCCGAGCUGCAUGUGGGGUCCUCGAGUGGGGUACGACGACGUGGUGUGGCACAAGCUGGGUUCCUGUCCCUGGUGGCCGGCGCGCGUGUUGUCACCUGGCGAAGCCCCGUCGUGUCUACUCGCACGUACACACAAUCCAUACCAGUGGCCGCUCAAGUACUAUGGUACUAACAACCACUCUUGGGGCGAUGGCAACCGCAUGUGCUUGUUCCUGCCAAGUCACACGUCAGCGCUGGACACCGGCAAAGACCCCAUACUACAGCAGGCUGUGCUAGACGCCUCCGAUGACUAUAUAGCAGUUUAUUUAACUUAACAUGCAUGUAAAUAUUUAAUUAUAAAUACCGAUCUAAUCCGUACGUAAAUAUACGUAAAUAAUCUAUAUUUGAUCGGUUUUUAUACAUCAUGAUAUAUAUAAAUAUGAAUAUAUUACGAUAUAUAUUCGUAUACACAGGGAUAGAAGUACCGCGAAUUAUUUAGAGCAUGCGCAUGCGCAUAUAUGUAUAUGACACUACAAUAAUGCAUCAACUUAAUUAUAAAUUUUAGAAAUCGACUCUAUAGUUUUAAUUUUAAAGUAUAGCUUCAAAAAUGUGUGAUUUUUGAGUUAAUGUUUUAUUGUAUUAAGUAUAUAAGUCAUAGUAUCAAGUACAAUACUCAUGAAUCUGAAUCACUUUUACCAAAACACAAAAUGGUUUGCUGAAAAGAAAUUAUGAACAUUUCAAAUUUCGAACGUAAAUUGAUCACGUGAGUAUGAGUACCUACUCAUUAUACUCGGUUUGUAUGUUUAAAGUAGUAUUUUCAAUUUUCCACUUUGCUGCUUUGGCAAUAUUGUUCAUUUUCAUGUAUACAUACAUGUGUUCAUUGUGACUAACCCAUUAUACAAUUGCAAACUAAAAAGCAUGUACAAUAUUUUAAUUAAGUGCUUUUCUAUAGUAGACACAAAGGAAUAAUUUCUCAUCUGUUUCCUAAUUACCUAUUGUAAGUACCUGCAACUAGCAUAUUCCAGUUAUGAGAAAUAAAAUAUUCCUUUGCGUUUUUAUCUUGAU